CCUGCACUUUCCUCUCAUCCCUCAUGAGAUUGCAUCGUGUAAUUUUGAUCUGCACUUAACAUCUCUCGGAACAAACUCACUCUUCGCCCGAAAGUGCCCUAUAAAAGGAAGUUUAUUCGACAGUUGAUAUCCGUUUAUGGAUGUGCUCGUCAUUUUUACAUAAUCAUCCACUCGGAAGUGGGGUUUCACGCAGCCACUUGAUUAUUGCGUGAAUCAUUAGCUCGCUGUACCCGGUCUGUAUUGUUUCAAUGAUGGCACAUACGGAGAUCAAUACCUUGCGCCGUAUUAUGUUCUCCAGUUGGAACAGGUGCCUGGAGCCUGUUGGAUGAAUCCGCGUUUGCUUUUAAUCUGCCUUGAUUCCUCGUGAUUUAUUCUGAAUGCGUGUGACUGAUAAACAUUUGACUCCGUUUCGCUAUGGCCGAUGAUGACCCGGCACCUUCGUCCUCCCUACCGUUGACCCCCUACACUGCCCCGUCCUUCCGCUCCUGCGUCCUGCCCUCCGACGAUUCCGGCUACCGUACCGCGCAGUGUUCCACAUCGCAGGCGUUUGUCAUUGGGGAUGAGGAUGAUCUAGUGGAUCAGGUGAAUUUCAGCGAUCUGGACAUGGAGGACGAAGUGUUCGACAACGAGGAGGACGAGGAGGAAGGCCCGAGCGUGGAGCGUCCCUUGUCCGUGGCCAGCAGUGUGGUGUGCAUGCGUAACCGGGCCUUCAGUUUCCCCUUGACGCUGGCGGAUGUGCGCUUCCCGCUGACCAUUCCUGUUCCCGAGGAGAUACGCCACCGGGCUGGUUCCGGGAUGAUGGUGGAUUUUGAACGGCUGCUGCGCAGUUCGUCGCGGUUGACGUUGGAGAAUGGACUGAACGGAGAGCCAUCCAGUCGCUCACCAUCCGUGCAUUGCUGGCAAAACAGGGAUGAUGUGGAUGAGGUGGAUCGGUCGGUGUCGCCCGCUGGCCGGCGUCCUAACCUGCCUGACCUAGUUUUAUCCGGUGAACGUCGCAAGCUUCCUCUUGCAGCAGCGAAUGUGCCCAAAGAUGCCCCGUCCAGCUGCGAUUUGGACACUAUAGAGUAUCAGCUGGCUUGCUGUCUGGCCCGCCUGGGAGAUGACUUCGAGAGCAAAUAUUUUACGCCGACGCGUUCAGUAAAAUCGGACAGUCCCGACAGCAGCGCCAGUCUGAUGACGCGGAUCAGUUUCGCGUCGGCGCUGCGUUUAUGGCGUCAUCUGAUGGGACCGCGGCAUCCCGCUCCGCCGCUGCACCAGCGUCAGCGCUCCCGUUCCACGACAGACUAAAGCGCCGGCAACCGGAAAUGUUGUGUAUAUGAUGCUCAAGAUGAUUCCUCUUCCUUGUGUUGUCUUCCUGGCGCUCCCUUCUCAAAUGCUGUCCUUCCGGUGUGUAUCCAAUAACCCGGAUCUCUGUGUUUUUCUCUCCCCGUUCCGUCCAUAAUUUUUUCCUCUGAUCUUUUUAUUAAUCGCUGUCGAUAAGAGUUUCUAGUUUUUUAUAUAUGUAUACAGCGGUUAUGAAAUUUUUGUUUUUUAUUUUUCUUGAUUUUCGUUAGAUUAUGCACGAGCUGAGCCGGAUACUGCGGCGGAAUUGUGUGCGCAUUUUGUUUUUUCCAUUAAAAAUGCUUAACUAUGUCUUGUUGCCGGUUACUUGUCAAAACAGACGUGACAGAAAAUAUUUUUUGUGUAAAAAAAUAAUUGACCUUCGAGAUUUGUGGUUCUGUUUACUCUGUUCUUGACGUUGCGUUGUAAUUUGUACAGAUUUCGAUGUGUUUGCUAUACACUGUUUUUUUGGCUCAGCUUGUUUGCGUUGAAUGUCGUUUGGGGUGAAAUAAAUA